UGCAUUUGGCGGAUCCAUUUUUGGCGCAGCGCGCAGACCAUCAUCUCAUUAGAGUUAGCCAGUCAGCGAAGCGGCUGAUCUUUGAAUGCCCUCAAUCCUUGCCCAAACUCUCUAUCGGCCUCCCACCUCUACCUCUACCUCCACCUCCACCAGCACAUCGUCACACCCAACUUCAAAGCACUUUGCUGGCAUUUGUUCACGCCAGGCCUUUGAGUGCACGCUGUGUUUGAUUUGGAUCUCCUCCGCGCUCAGCACUAGUAUGAGUGCAUAACCUCGCAGAUCGGCAGUUAUGGUCCAACAGCCUUCGACCCCAGGCGCAAGCCAUUCAAUUUUUGGUGCUGCCUCUGCCUCCUCCACUUCUACUGCAACGGCCAACGCAAACUAUAACCAACUUGCUACCACUUCUGUUCUCACGCCUGGUUCUGCGGCUUCUUCCAAUAAUACCUUCCUUAUGCCAAACUCACCAGUCAAAGGCAGAAGCAAUGGAGAUGGCCAUAGAACAUACCAGCCCAAGGUAACCAGGACGCUGGGACAAAGACCAGCGUGCUUGGUCAAUGCAUCGGUCACAUACUGCGGAAAUAACCAAAUAUAUGCAUUUGGUGGAUUUGAUCAGUAUACCGACGAGGUCUACAAUCAUGUUCUGUGCCUCGAUAUGGUAAGCCACCAGUGGAGUCUGGUUGAUAACUAUGGCGAUAUUCCAGGUGUGCGAAUGGGUAUGUCUUCUCAAAUUUUUGCACUUCUCGUGCUUCAUUAACAAUAUCAUUUUCAGGUCAUACUGCUACAUUAUACCAAGGGGACAAGCUUUUAAUCUUUGGCGGCGAGAACGAACAUCGAACCUACCUUGCAGAUCUGAUAAUCUUCGACCUCAAGACUGCCCACUGGACCCAACCAGCCGUUUCUGGUCCCAUUCCAAAGGGGCGUGCAAGACAUGCGGCUGUCCUUCAUGACGAUAAACUUUUCAUAGUAGGUGGAAUUACUGGUCACAACAAUUAUGUCCUUGAUGAUAUCUGCUACCUCGAUUUGAAAACCUUUACCUGGUCCCGGGCGUGGCGUUUUGUAGGCAGAUUUGAUCAUUCAGCUUAUGUAUGGGGAGAUAGGGUCUGGGUAUUUGGUGGUUUGAGUGAGGACAUGGAUAAGAAUGGUGAGAUGUGGUGGUUGGAUUUGAAAGGCAGUCCAGCGUUUGACUCGCCCCCUUCUCUGGGUUCUCUCGAUAGGCAGUCGGCACUCAGUCGAAUGAGUGGUUCUUCGCGACCUUCGUUCUCCUUGCCUGCGACUUCUGCUGUUGGAAGUACAGGUUAUGCAGCAAAUUCAAGCAGCGCUCAAGUCAAUCCACCUUCAUUUCAACUAACUAGUUCCCCACCCAUGGCCCCCGGCUCGAUAUCUUCCUUGAAAUUUCUUUCAGGAGUCAAUGUUCCAGCUCAAGGAUCGGGCAUGCAUUUCCACGCUUACACAGCAGGUACUCUACUUGACUUUGUCACUCCUGCUGCUACAAUCAACUCGCAAGACUGUUCUUUGUCAACACUGGAUCUCGAUACCCUUCGUUGGCAAAAGCUUGCCGAAGGGCGUGAUAUAUUCAAACCAGGUUUCCGCUGGCACUAUUGCACCAUGAACGAAGAGGGCACCAAGGCCUGGCUCCUUGGAUGUCCCACUGACCCAACUGCAACAGACCUAGGUCCAGGUGGAUUCGAGGAAUAUCUAAGGUAUGUCUUAGCCAGGCUCCUUAUCAAGUUUUGUACUUACAGGUCAACAGUGAUAUAAUGGAAAUUGAUCUUCGGCGGUACGGACUACUGGGAAACAACUUUACCCCUGAAUCAAGAAGCGAGACAUCACGCAUGCCUUCAGCUGAUCGAGUGGUUGUUCAGGCCUCGAAAGGCUUAGGGCAAGAUCUAGCUAGACUUUUCAAUCAACCUCCAGAGUCUGGAAGUGGGACUGACUUCACCAUCACUGCACUAAAAGACGGCGAUUGGGACGAAGAUGAUAUAAUUGGCACUAACUCUCGUGCUGCUGAUGAGCAAGACACGUGGUUGUCACCCGAUACAACUACCUCGCCCCCUAUUUAUGUCCACAAACUCAUUCUACAGGCUCGUUGGCCACACUUUGCCCGACUUUACAAUGCACAGAUGGCGGAAUUUCACACCAAGCGAAUGCAUAUUCCAAGCCCAUACUCGGUUGUCAAAGCAUUCUUGUUUUAUCUCUACACUGACAGUAUACACCCCAAAGACUGCGGUGAUUUAAAUGAUGUGGCCGGCUUACUCGUAUUGUCUGACAUGUACAAUAUUCCACAUCUUCGACUACUUUGUGUUAAUCGCUUAUCGAAAGAACUUGAUGUCGAUCAUGCUUGUAUUAUUUGGCGUUGUGCGGGAAUUGCGAACGAAGAGUGGCUUCGAAGAUGUGCAGCAAAGUUCUGUCUUCUUCAUUGGGGACGUGUAGUUCGAACUGAAGGAUUCUUGAAAUUGCCACGGCACUCCCUCGUUGAACUUUCUCAGGAAAUUGAUAUGGAGGGACGUGUUGUUGGAGGUACGUUAGCUGAGCGCUUAGAAGAUUUCCUUUCUCCUUCUAUAUAUUAACUUUUCUCCUAGGGGAGGAACUGGAAUAUGUUGGUGGACUUGGAGGUGCCCGAUUCGGAUUUGGUGGAUCUUCUAGAAAAGCGAGCAUUGGCAGCAAUCAAACGCAAAUCGUGGGCUCCGACGACGAUAAUGAAGAAAUGGAAAUGUCUUGAGUGGUGGGUGGGGGUUACGGAUAUAAACUGGCGUUCUGGGACCCAAGAAAAUAUUGGCAGGGUGCAAUCAAUGAAUCAGAUAUUGCUUAGAGCUUGAAGCUUUAUUAAACAUUUCGGGGAGUUGGCGUGGCUUGGUCCUUGCUGGUUAUGUAUUUAGGGAGAUGAUACCUUUACUAGAUCCGAAUGGUGAAUGAAUUGUUUUAUUACAU